CAAAAUCGAUAGUUUGGUUGCAACGAAGAAAAGAAAAGAAGAAUGUCAUUUUCAAUUUCAAGGUUAAGGUAUUCUCACUCUCUUCCCACUCCCAAUUUGUUUCUUCCAAUUCCUAAUUUCAUUAUUCCUUUGUUAUACUCUCAAACUCAUUCUCCAUUAGAUCACAAUGUUGUUCUUGAUGAUGUUGUUUUCUCAUUCAAUCGCAUGCUCAAUAUCAACCCUACUCCACCAAUCUUCGAAUUCGGUAAAAUUUUAACUUCCCUUGUUAAGAUUAAUCAUUCCCACACUGCUAUUUCAUUUUCUCAACAAAUGGAAUUCAGAGGAAUUCAACCUAGCAUUGUUACUUUGAAUAUCUUGAUUAAUUGUUUCUGCCACCUCAGUCAACUCGAUUUUGCAUUUUCUGUAUUGGGAAAAAUUCUCAAACUAGGUUAUCAGCCUAAUAUCGUAACAAUUAGUACACUUAUCAAAGGUCUUUGUCUUAAUGGUAAUGCUAAGAAAGCAUUGCACUUUCAUGAUGAUGUUAUAGCUAACGGAUUUCACCUUAAUCAAGUUAGUUACGGGACCUUGAUCAACGGAUUAUGUAAAAUAGGUGAAACAAGAGCUGCCAUGCAAUUGCUCAGAAAGAUUGAAGGGUUACUGGUUAUGCCUAAUGUGGUAAUGUACAACCCAAUUAUUUAUAGUCUGUGCAAGGAUAAACUCGUAAUUGAUGCAUGUGAUUUAUAUUCUGAAAUGAUUGUCAAGAAAAUUUCUCCUGAUGUUGUCACUUACAGUACUUUAAUAUAUGGAUUUUGCAUUGUGGGUCGAUUGAAAGAAGCAGUUGGUAUGUUAAAUGAAAUGAUGUUGAAAAAUAUCAACCCAAAUGUUUAUACUUUUAAUAUAUUGGUCGAUGGUUUUUGUAAGGAAGGAGAGGUUAAACAGGCUAAAAGUGUGUUAGCUAUGAUGAUAAAAGAAGAUACGAAACUCGAUGUUGUUACUUAUAAUUCUUUAAUGGAUGGUUAUUUUUUACUUGAUGAUGUAAACAAGGCCAAAUAUGUAUUCCACACCAUGGUCCGAAAGGGAGUGACUCCUGAUGUUCAUAGCUACAAUAUUAUGAUUAAUGGACUAUGUAAGAAUAAAAUGGUGGAUGAAGCCAUGGAUCUUUUUAAAGAAAUGCAUUUCAAAAAUAUGGCGCCUGAUACUAUAACUUACAAUUCCUUCAUUAAUGGACUUUGCAAAUCAGGGAGAAUCUCUGAAGUUUGGGAUCUUUUAGAUGAGAUGCAUAAUAGAGGUCAACCUGCUGACAUGUUCACUUCCAAUUCCAUAUUGGAUGCUUUGUGCAAAAACAAUCAUGUUGACAAGGCAAUUGCAUUAUUGACGAAAAUCAAAGAUCAGGGAGUUAAGCUAAAUAUCUAUACAUACACAAUACUAGUUGGCGGACUAUGCAAAAGUGGAAGACUUAAAGAUGCACAAAAGGUUUUUGAAUAUCUUCUGAUGAAAGGCUAUCGUUUUGAUGUUAGGAUGUAUACUGUUAUGAUUGAUGGGCUUUGUAAAGAGAACUUAGUUGAUGAAGCAUUAUCCUUGCUAUCAAAAAUGGAAGACAACGGUUGCAUUCCUGAUGCUGUAACUUACAAAAUCAUCAUUGGUUGUUUGUUUGAAAACAACCAGAAUGAUAAGGCAGUAAAACUUCGUCAAGAAAUGGUUGUUACAGAUCUAAUGUUAAAGCAAAACUAGAUGAGAUACUUUCUAGUUACAAUUUGUUAUUUGAAUUUGAAUAUGAUCAUCUAAUUUUUAUUUUCUUUUCAUAGUUAUAGUAGAGGAUUAGUGGAUUUGGUUCACUGUUAUGUUUGUUUUGAUUAGAAGUUAAACAUUGCUAGUUUCAUUGUGAUAUUUGUAACAACAAUAGUGUGUGACUUUUUUUAUUCCUGAAUAACUAUCCCUUUUUCUUCCAAA